AUGGCCCGAACCAACCAACUCACCUCACUCCUCAGCAUCCUCAUGGCAGCCUCCACCGCCCUCGCGGCCGCGACCCCUAACCCAACCAUCCCCCGCGAGGCCACCGGCACCACCUGCGAGAACCCAAACCAGACCACCGGCUACCCGGACUACAACGCCUUCUGCCAGUGCCCGCCGUACGCCGCGGACUCGCCGGCCUUCGGCAACCCGCACCUCGGCCUCGUCCGCUGCGAGACCAAGUGCAUGCCCGCGGACUCGGCGCACCGGGUCUCGCGCCCCGAGACCGGGAGCCUCGACGAGUGCAUGAAGGCGUGCAGCGGGUCGUUUGAGAAGAGGGGGCUGGAGGAGAGGCAGCAGGACUGGUUCUGCCACGGGGUCAACUUCAUGCAGGGCCAGCUGUGCGAGUUUAUCGGCUCGAUCGGCGCGACGGAGUUCGUGGAGGGGGGCAGUGAUUGCUGGUAUAUGGAUGGCCUGGAUGGGCCGGGGUCGUGA